GAAGCUCCGCGUCAGGCGCCGCUCGCAGAGCAGAUUAUGAAGCGGAGCUCGACCAGCAGCAGUCUCCUCUUAUUGUCUCAAUGGCUGCACACGCGCUCCUCCUGUGCUCCCUCGCCUUGCUGUCAGCCCUCUGCCGGCCCGGGCUCUCCUUCACUGAGGAGGAGCUGCUGCCUGGACUUACCUAUGACGAAGUGCCUGAAAUCCUGGACAGAAGCAAAGAAAACCCCAAACAAGCAACAAGAGUCACAUCAAGUCAAGAUGGAGAGUACGGCUUAGAUAGCGAGGAGGUUAUUCUGACGCCUGAGGAUGAGAACCCACUCAGGAGAAUACUGCAGCCGUUCAACUGGCACCAGCCUGGGAUGUCUCACAGUAAGAGGAAGCUGCUUCAGUCCCUGAUGGGGCCUUACGGCCCUCUGAGCGUCUCUUACAACGGGAAGACCUGCAUUCUGUUCAAGGCAAAGCGGCUUGCGAUUCGCUACAGGAACCAUACCUUCAUUGAUCUGACUGAGAGGGUCUUCAACCCCAACUCGCCCGUUGACACUAAAGGCUCCAUUUGCACCAAGGAGAAAGCUACGCUUUCAUUAAGGUUUGGCGAUGUGGAGGACUUACGAGGUCUAGUAAUCAGACUUCAGAUGUCCAACACCUUUUAUGAGGCAGCUGGUCAGAAUUGGUUCACCCUGGACAGCGUUCACAUCCACUACAACUGGACCCAGGAGGCCACAUUCAACGCCAGUGAGGUCUACGCCCCUGCCACUUCAUCCUACCAUUGCCAGCACGUCAGCAGCCUGCACAAAUAUGACACCCUGCUCGUGCCCAGCUCCCACACUGACACAUCUGCUAACUGGCACAUCACUUUCACUGAUUUCCAGAUCCAGGCCUUCAACGUGCAGUCAGACAAGUUUGCGUCGGCCAGUGACUGUGCUACUUUCCUAACGCCGGCCAUCCUGAUGGGCCUGGUGACGUCUUUGAUCCUGCUCCUCGUCCUCGCCUAUGCCCUGCACAUGGUGGUACAUCUCAAGCACAUCGAUCGCUACGAGGAGCACAAAGCCACGGUCUACUUUCCGCGUAGUCCAGAGGCGGAGCUGCCGGACAAAAACAGCCUGUGAAGGAAAAUGAAGAGCCUGAGGACGACGGGGGAUUGAGGGAGAGAGAGCGAGCGAGCUGAGAAGCAAGGCUGAGGGAACGCAAGAGACUAAAAGAGUGAAAAAGUAUCCUCCAUUGAGUAUUUGGUCAACAAAAUGACAACUUUGCCUGUUCAUAUGAAAAAAAAAAAACCUUCUAAGUCUUAACUACUUAAAAACUAAAUGCAGACCGUGGUUGGAUACUUUUUCUUCUGUCCUCAUUGACCUGCAUCUUGGCAUCCACAUUUUGAAUAAGGCCUUUCGAUGUUCCAGCCUCUCCCAUGGAGGGCUCGUGACGCUGAUGUCAGAGGUCAAAGUCAGCCCCAGGGCCCUGAAGGGCAGCAGUGUAUAAAGGCCUUUACCCCAGCCAGCCAUUAAAACUGCAACAGGCUAGCAUCUGUAGCUAAUACAGCUAACGUCCAAUGCUCCUGCUUAUAUGUACUACAUGGCUCACAAGUGUCAUAUUACAAGCUUCCAUCACAGACCAUGUCUUUCCAGCAUUCAUCAAAGUAUGCUUUUGUCUAAUACUGCUGCAAGAAAUAUAUACUUCAAACGGCCAGUUUUAUUGCUGAGAUAGCCGUAUUAGCUGCAUGCCGUAACAGGCUGGUUUACCUGGGCUAGCACAGUGUUUCCUAACAAUACCAAUAUAGGAGAGCAUUGAAUGAGCAGCUUCAAAUAAUCCCACGUGGCACGAAGGUGGAGGGAAAAAAGAGAGAGAGGAAAACGUCUCCGAGAACAAGUAAAAAGAAAACGUAAAGCGGAACCACUGGGCUAGCAUCUGGCUGGAGUGAAUGAACUGAUACUGAAGGCCCUUCAGAACCACUGGCAUCUCUCACCCCGCCCCUGAACAAGACUGCUGCUUGGGACUUAACUGUGAAAUGGCCUUUUUACAGAUCAGCCAGACUAAAGGGGUUCUUCAAUCUAGCACAACAUUGGUUAGAUGCGAAAGCACUAACAACAAACUGUCAAAGACUACACCAGGAACUAUGCUGCACAAGACGGCCCACCCGAGGGCGUGGCAGAACGGCGGGUCUGGGAAUGAAACGACUCUCUGCGAGAGUCUGAACCAGGGAGGCCAUGCGUCCUCCGCGUGCACCACUGGAUAUGACUGCCAAAGUGAAGCUACAAAGGAGUUGCCAUAAAAUAUGGUGAGACAAUGUGAAAAUGAAAGCUAACCAUUACAGCUAUGUA